UUACUGUUAUAUUCAUAUUAUUCUUAACCAAAGGUCAGUUCAUAACCUAAAAAUCUGCACAUUUAAUUUUUUAUUUCUUCACCUACAAUGAUGAAGGAGUAGCCAAAUUUUACAGUUACCUCAAGCAGUAUGCAGUAAUUCACACAAACAUGUCGACUAGUAGCUGUCAGAACAACAAUGGCCUUAACCAGUUUUAUCACAACCUCUUGGACCUAAAUGACCCCUCUUUCACCUUUAAAAAACGUCCUGGAACCACCAACGAUGGAGGACUAUUCGAAGAACUUUACGUUGCACGUUUGUUGUUGAACCUGAUCAACAAUGAAAAAAUUACAAAAUUCAACGUGUGGUCAAACCACCCUGAUUUUGGGUCCAUGGACGACACUGUCUUUGACGUGGAUUCCCAGGAAGUUAAUCUCAAAGGGACGUAUGCAGUGCAGUUGAAGUACGCAAACACUGGAGGAAUUUUAACCAAACAGGCAUUAGUGGCCAAAAAGGGGGAUUUUAGUGUUAUGAAGUAUUUCGAGGAAUAUCGACAAAAAACAACGACUGUUGGAACUUUCAAAUUCAUUCUUGUUACUAACAGAAAGUUUGAGGUUGACGAUAAAGAACUUGUGAUGGAAAAUGACAAUGUGAAGUUUAACGUAUCCAUAAAGAAAAUCAAGAAGAAGCACUUUCGAUUUGAGAUAGCGGACACAAAUACAAACGCUUUACAAGACUACGAAAACUUUUUCAAAAAUUUUACCUUGGUUACCAACUACGGCACCGCUGACGCAAUCAAGGAAGAUAUCAAAGAGAUUUUUGUUUCAAAGUUUAGUUGUCAAGACGAACUCAUUUCCAAGAACUACAUAGAAUUCGUAAGAAAAUGGAACCAGAACACAAAUUCCAAAACUACAUUGCAUUUAUCUUUCGUCAAACAUGUGGUUGCGUUGUUGAUACUAUCACCGACACGAUUUCUUUCUUUUGAACCAAAACCCGAAGACAAAAAAUCUAAGCUGUUGAAAAAAGCUAUUUCAAAAUUCGACGUUACUUGUCUUUCAACUGAAAGCUACCUCAAAAUUAAAAAUCUGUGGCACUGUUUGAAGGAAAGACAGUCGGUGAAGAAUUUGGAGUAUUUGAAAAGAGCAAAACAAUACCAAAUACUUGGAUCUAGCGUCAACUGUUUGAAAGACCUCAAUGACGAAGAGUGGACGAAAGUUUUGUGGUUGAUGGGUAAAUGCCCUUUAGUAGUAGAAGACAGCGAAGCAACUCAAAAAGCUAUAAGUCUUUGCGAACGAAAAAAGUUUAUCGUUUUGAAUGCUAAAUCGCCUGGAGGUUACAGCACUUUUCAUAAUUUGCUAAAUCUGAAGAAAAGGAAGAAGAUUUUGUACAAGAGGAUACUAUCAACCUUUACUUGUUCUAUACAAGGUAAACGGGAGAUUAGUUUGGGGGAUUUAAUCGGCAAAGGGGAUAGAAUUGUUGGUAUUUUGGACGUAGACAAACUCGUGGCGAUGUUGGAUAAAGCACUAUUAAUAGGUAAACCAGAGGAUCUUCCACCGUCACCGAUCUCCAGGUUUCUGUCAAGGAAUAUUAUCAAGUACGAGUUCUUGGAGGAGAUAGAUUUACCGCAAAGUCUAGUAGUGUUCAGUUGUGUGUCUCCAAUAACUGCAUUCAAAAAUCAAUUUCCAAACAUAGAAGCUAUCAGGAUGGAGGAGUUUUUGACGUACGAAAAACCCUCUAUCAAACAAGACGGGUUCGUAGUACUAAGCGAGAACGAUAUAUCAAAAGAACAAUUCGCUACUAUAUGUAAAACCGUUCCUCGUGGACACUGUUGCUACCAUUUGCGCUAUUUUUCCUCCAUGGACGGCUUUGAAUGGGUCAGAAGUUCAACAAACCAAAACUUACAUCAAUUUUUACUAGGUGGUACUUUCAUUGAAGAAUCGGAGCUGAAGCGGUACGAAGACAACAUCAAUCUCGUGUGUGCUGACCCCGGUAUGGGAAAAACCACCCUUGCAAAAACUUUGAAAAACACCAGCGCUCCAACAGCCUGGAACGUACUCAUUUAUGUCAACAAUCACUCAACUUACUUUCGCCGAAAAAUAGACAACGUCGACGAGUUCAAAGCGUACAUAGCUGAAACAAUCAAAAGCCAGAAUAGCAAUUUUGACUUUGAAGUAAUAGAAGCUUUGUUUGCGGAAGGGCGCGUCAGGUACUUUUGGGACGGCUUGGACGAACUGAAUAACGACGGGUACAAAACAGUCAAACGCAUUAUCAAUAAAUUGUCAGAAGCUGAAGACGCUUGCCAUUGGAUUACCUGUAGAUACCUUCUGCGUGAAGACCUAGAGGAGUACUUCCACGUUUUAUCGAGGACGUUGAAGGAGUUCGACGAAGACGACCAGAAAACGUACCUCAAGAACAGGUUAGAAUGUUCAGAACUGGACGAGAUUUUCGUCAAGAUAAGGAACAACAUCCGGCUGUUUCCUCACAACGACAUUCUAGGGAUACCUUUACAGAUAUAUAUUUUGUCGGAACUGUUAUUGAGGGAUCGCCUCAGAUACAGUCGUUUAUUGGACGAAAUUUUUUCAAUCGCCGACUUGUACGAACGCUUCGUCGAGGAGAAAUUUUACUUCCACUUUAGAGAGAAGGAAGGGAUCGAUGACAUAGAGAACGCGAGCGACAUGAUCCGUAAUCGAUACUUUAACGUAAAAGAUAAGCAACUGGAUUAUUAUAAAGCGUUGGCUAUGAGGCUGUACUUCGACGAAACGGUUUUACAAAAAUAUAAAAUUAGAAGAGAAAUCAGCACCAGUAAGGAUCCUGAAGGUUUUAUAACCGACGUGAGUGACCAAGCCUGUCCGAAGUUCUUCCACAACUCUUUCGGCGAAUAUUUGGCGGCUGCUUACCUUGCAGAGCACGAAGAAAAAGCCAUUCACAUCCAAAACUUCACAUUUGAGUCAAAAUACAACAAUGUUCGGUUUUUCUUUGAUUUGAUUUUGGCGAGAAAAUCGCCAAUUCAUGUCGCAGUUUUGUAUAAGAACCACCAUCUUGUGGAAAAUUUUCCAGAUGAAGAGUUUCGUAACGUGGAUGAAAUCGGUAGAAGCGUGUUGAAAGUCGCUUGCUUGUGGUGCGAGAGGUAUCAGUUGGUAAAGUUCCCUGUCGACAGAAACCUUUUUGUCGUUAAGGCGUCACCACAAUUUCGCCACACGAAACCUGACCCAGAAGCAAAUAGAAAAAUCCUUGAUACGGAAGUGUGACGAAGAAGAAAUUCGGCAGGUCUUACACCAGGAAUCGCUGUUUCACGAAGCAAACUUCAUUCGAGUUUUACCCUUGACGCUCUUGACAAAAAAGACCAACAUCGAAACGAAAUUGUUUUUAAAAAACAUAGAUACGAUUCUACAGUACUGUCUUCUUUUCGACUACGAAGACUUGAUUCAUAUGUUCAAAAAAAACAAGUAUAUAUCAAUUUAUUUGGAUAGUUCUAUUCGUAUGCAGUUCGAGCAAUACAAUGCGAGAAAGUUGAUGAAAAUGAUCUUUUGCAGCGCAGUUACCUCAACCAUGUUUACGAAAUGAUCAACUUUUUAAAACGUCAACAUUGUUGUAUCAACAAACUUUCUGGUAUUUUAGCAGUAGUGAUUGCGAAUGGUGCUGAUGUUAAUGUUACUGAUACAACAUACGGAAAGACGCCUUUUCAUUACGUGUGUAAAAAAAAGUACACACUAUGAAACUGUGGUAAUGCUGCUUGAGAAUGAUACGGCCUUGGAACGUACUGAUAGCAGUGGUGCAACACCGUUAUACCUAGCAUGUUAUAGUCUCAACGAUCACAUUGUUCAGCUUCUGGACAAGGAUUAGAUUGGAUCAUUAAAUUGCUGAUAUUUACAUUAAACAUUAUUUUUAAACCUAAAACACUCCCGUAUUAGUAUAUAGGUAUAUAUUUUUUUUUUUGACGGAAUAAAUUUACUAUAUCC